AUGGAGGACCUCGGCAGCGAUAGCGGUGUCCAGAGCCAGCCUGACAAGGGCAAGGGCACGGCGGACGACGAGGAUGGAGCCACACAGGACUACGGCGAUACGUACGACUUUGACGACGACGACGAGUUCUUCGGCAUGGACGACAGCGGAUUCGAGCCUGUGGUGAGCAGCCGCGACCAGCGCAAGCCCUGGGAGGUCGAGUACCAUGUGCAUGACGCCCAUGGUCUGCACGACAAGCAGGAGGCUAUGAUUAAUCGACUGGUGCCGGUGCUGUCGGUGUCCAAGGACAUCACGACGAUUCUGCUUCGCAACAGCCAGUGGAAGGAAGAGUCGUUGGUCGAGCGCUACUUGUCAGACCCCGACAAGACCAUUCGCGACGCUGGCAUGUUCCCAAAUGCGCCCGCGCCCGAACUCAAGACAGGUAACGAGGACUUUACAUGCGAAAUCUGCUACUGCGACGGGCCUGAGGAAGUGUACCUGGGGCUGGGCUGCGGGCAUGCAUUCUGCACAGACUGCUACGUGACAUACUUGACCGGCAAGGUCCUCGAGGGCAUGUCAUGGCGCAUCCGCUGCCCUGGCGCCAAGUGCAAGGCGCUGGUGGGCGAGCAGGCGGCGCGGCUACUGCUUGCGAAUGAGCCCAAGAUCUUGGAGCGGUACGAGGACAACCUGACGCGCAGCUUUGUCAACGACCUGGACUCGUUCACGUGGUGCCCGGCGCCAAACUGCGAGUAUGGCAUCGAGUGUCAUGUACCCAAGUCGGCGUGGGCGACGAUCGUGCCGACGGUGCACUGCCGGUGCGGCAAGGCGUUCUGCUUCGGGUGCAAUAUGGACGACCAUAUGCCGGCGCCGUGCUUCCUCGUCGAAAAGUGGCUGCAAAAGUGCAAGGACGACUCGGAGACAUCCAACUGGCUCAAGGCCAACACAAAGGAGUGCACCAAGUGCAAGGCCACCAUCGAGAAGAACGGCGGCUGCAACCAUAUGACGUGCCGCAAGUGUGCACACGAGUUCUGCUGGGUAUGCAUGGGCCCGUGGACCGAGCACCAGCAGGCGUACUACCAGUGCAACCGCUACAACGAGGAUUCGAGCAAGAACGCCCGCGACUCCAUCUCCAAGUCGCGCGCCCUGCUGGAGCGCUACCUGCACUACUACUCGCGCUUCAGCAACCACGAGCGAAGCGCCAAGCUGGCCCGCCGUCUGCUGACCACCACCGAGACCAACAUGGAGCAGAUGCAGCGCAACUCGUCCAUGUCCUGGAUUGAGGUGCAGUUCCUGAGCGCUGCCGUCGACAUGCUGAGCGCCUGCCGCGCCACCCUCAAAUGGUCGUACGUGCUGGCCUACUACAUGGAGUCCGACAACCAGAAGCUGAUCUUUGAGAACAACCAGUCUGACCUCGAGAUGGCCACCGAGACGCUCAACGAGCUGGUCGAGAACCCCGUGCACGAGCGCACUAUUGAGGAGGCCAAGCGUCUGAUCAUUGACAAGACCCAGUACGUCAAGACCCGGUGGGAGACGCUGCUGCGCGACACCGCCCAGGGCCUGCAGGAGAACAGGUGGAAGUUCCAGGACUAA